GCAACAGGCGGCUGGAAUAGAAUUCGGUAGCUGCGUCAGUUUGUAAACGACUGUUAACGUUAUGUUUAUUUUUAAAUUAUUUAAAUAAUUUUGUGUUAAAUGUUGUGUGUUUUAAUGUGAUUGUGUUCCCGUUGUUUAGUUAAAUACAUUUAACAAAAUGUCCUUUGAAGAAGCUGAAAAAGCCCUUGCAGAGGAAAAUGUGUCUUCAUUUAGUGAUUGUUAUAAAUACUCCGGCAGGACUAUGGCCUUUACGCAAGAAAAGAAGCGUCAAUUAUUUCUCCAAAAACAAAAAGAAAAAAGGAGCGAAACAUUUGACGAAAAACGCGAUUUAUCGGAACUUUUCGCCGGAGACUCAACAGAGCCGAUGGAAUGUGAGUCAUUAAGCCGGAAGAAACAUUUCAAAAAAUGCCCAUUUGGCUACAAACUCAUGGGAUCAGAGUGGUGCACUGAAGUGCCUGACGAUUUGCCAGAUAACUGGCUUAUUAAAUUGUGCCCUGAAGGGAUUCGCUAUUUAGUUGUAGCAAAUAAGGCGAUAACAACAUGUUACUACAGAAAUGGAAGACCCAGUUUUACGUUUAAAUCGAAACUGCCAGGGGGAAACCCCGACUGUGGGCACAAAUUCACUGUACUGGACUGUAUCUACAACAAAGAUGUUAACACCUUAUUCAUUUACGACGUUCUGGCCUGGAACUCGAUGUCGUUAAUUAACGCCGAAGUCCAGAUGAGGUUCUUUUGGCUCAAGUCAAAAUUUGACGAAUUGCCAGAGCUAAGUUCCAUUAAUGAACGCAAAAACUUUCGUUUUAUGUUGGUCGAUUUUUUCCUGGCUGAAGUCGCACUUUUGCAAGAUCAUUUAUUCACUCCCUUUGUGGCAAAUGGAGUUGAGUUGUCUCUAGAUGGCGUGCUUUUUUAUCACAAGGAGGGGCAUUAUGUCUUUGGCGAUUCGCCUCUAGUUUGGUGGCUGAGGACGUUUAUGUUACCAGAAUUAUUAAAUAUUGAUGUUCCGCCACUUCAUCUUCGAAAUAAGCCCGAUGAUUACGAAUCGAUACAACAGUACUCGAGUAAAAAGAAAAAGAAGAGCAAAAAAGAAAGUUCAGAUUCGAUGGAAAUGGAGCAACUGGAGAAUGAGUGUGAGAACGUGGAUUUGGAAUGAAAGAGUAUUUUGUGUUUGUAAAUGUAUGUUCAAGUGACUCAUUUGUUGACCCAAAUGAAAACUUUCACUGCACAUAUGUUCACAGGCGGCUGAACGGCACCACCAACUUCAGUUGACCUCCCUGACAUAAAUCCUUGUUUGUCUUCAAUGUAUGAAAAAUAAACUAUUUAAGUAGAA